GCAGUGGCCGGUAGAUGCAUGCCAACGGGAGUUACCGGGAAAACUGUCAUUAAACUUACGGGGGACUGCUCGCGCACACUACCGAGACCAGCGGGAACCACCGAGGCACCAGGACAACAGGAGCUACUGGCCCCACCCCCUGUCUGUGUAAUCGCCAUGACGUCAGUGGAACCCUCAGCUGAUGAUGUCACAGGUCUCAGAACCUUCAGCUGAUGACGUCACAGGUCUCGGAACCCUCGGUUGAUGACGUCACAGGUCUCGGAACCCUGAGUUGAUGACGUCACAGGUGUUGGAACCAGGGCUCUAAAUUAACACCAGCCAACCAGCCAACUGCUAAUGAAAUUUCAGUGUGGCUGGUAAAAAAUAUCUACGUACACUAAUCAUGUCCACCCAUUAGGGAGUGUAUGUUUGGCUGGUAAGAUUAACAUCUAUAGCCAUUUUGGCUGGUGAUGAAAAAAAAAUAUUCAGAGCCCUGGUCGGAACCCUGAGUUGAUGAUGUCACAGGUCUCGGAACCCUUCUCCUCAAGCGGGGGCGGAUCACCAUGCGGCUCUGUGGGCGGGACAUCGGGCGAUAUGGGGCAUAGUCACAUGCAGGCCACACCCCCGUCGGACCCGCUAUCGCACACGGACAGUGGCAGUGGGAGUGGCUCCGAAUCACAUGGCAAAGGGUCCCACGGAUACGCCUCUGUGGAGAAAGACUCCUCCCACAGCAGCAAGAGUUCUCCUCCCUGUAGUUCCAACGGCUUCAGUUUAGGAAGUUCAGAGCAGAAUGCACCCUCAAGCAGCGGCUGCAGCAGUGAGCAGUCCAGAAGGGCUGAGCGCCAUCGUGAGGUGCUGCGUGUAGUUCGCAAACUCAAACAGCAGGUGGCGCCAGACAGCAGAGUCAAGAGCAGCAACACGCUACACACACUCAAAUAUGCACUACGCUGUGUUCAACUGGUCUCAGCUAAGGAUGAGUACUACCAGACUCAGCAGCUAGAUGGCGCUGUGUUGCCUCCAGUGGGCGUGGCCUACAGCCUCCAGCAGAUUGAUGACAUCAUCGCGGAACACACACACAAGAACGCUGAUGUGUGUGUGGUGUGUGUAUGUUUGGAGUGUGUGCGUGUGGUGUAUGCGUCUGGGCAGGCGUCGGCAGUACUGCGUUGUAAACAGGAAGUCUUCCAGAGGUCAAAGUUCACACAGCUGAUCAGCCCCCAGGACCUCGCCACCUACCACACACACACCUCCCCGCACCGACUGGCAGCUUAUGAUGGUUCCUCUACUGGACUUUUGCAGGACAAACCUUUCUUCUGCAGAAUCAGUGGAGAGUUUGUGGGCGGAGCCAAGUUGGAGUGUGUUCCAUUCCGCAUGCGUCCCUACCUCAUCAAACUACAUGAUCCCCAGCUCACACACACACACUCAGACCAACACACACACUCAGGAGAGCACUCUCACACACACGCAGACCAGUCCACAAACUCAGGAGAGCACUCUGACACACACUCUCAGCUGUGCUGCCUCCUGCUGGCGGAACGCGUUCAUUCAGGAUAUGAGGUUCCAAGACUCUCAAGUGAAAAGCGAGUCUUUACGACCACACACACACCCAGAUGUGUCAUCCAAGACAUCGACGAGAGGGCGGUGCCGUUGCUAGGAUACCUUCCUCAGGACCUGAUUGGUUCAUCGCUGCUCCUUCAUCUUCACCCAGCAGACAGACCAGCAUUGCUGACAGCACACCACAAGAUGGUUCGGGGUGGUGUGUGUGUGUGUCCGCUGGUCCAGUCGAGUGUCCGUUUCCGCGUGAGGAGUGGCCACUACGUCACCAUGGAAACCAGCUGGAGUUGCUACGUCAACCCCUGGAGCCGCAGAGUUGCACUUGUGAUGGGACAACACACCAUACGCACGCCUCCUGUGCCUGAGGAUGUGUUUGCAGCUCCUGAUUUCUCUCAGCCGUGGGUGAUGGACACACACACACAACAGCUGGCCAAGCAGAUACACACACUACUGCUACAGCCGGUGGUGGGUGGAGCUGCUGGUUCCCAUAGCAACAGUGCUGAGGUGGGGGUGGCCUCUGGUUCCCGUAGCAACAGUGCUGAGGUGGGCGUGACCUCUGGUUCCCAUGGUAACAAUGCUGAGGUGACGUCCAGCCACGACAACAGGACAGAGGAGGAGCUCGGCACACAGGCCGCGUGUGAAGAUGAGGUGGUGAAGACCAAUACCACUGUAGCUGACUGCACUGUAGCAGUAUACAAGACCAAAGACGGUGAGCUGAGUGUCAUGAGGGAGAGUGCUACCGCCCCGCAGGCCAAAGAGGGAAGUGCAGCUCCAGACGACAACAGCCAGAGCAGAGAGAGAGACAACACACGCUACUCAUACCAACAGAUCAGCUGUCUCAAUGGAGUCAUCAGGUAUCUUGACAGCUAUAAUCUGAAGAGAAAGGGCCAUCAGAGUUCCAGCACCUCAUCAGAAGAUGACAAGAACCCUCACGAUCCCAGCUUGUCAGAGGCCACACCCCCUCCCACCAUGCGGACCAAUAGGAAGCCUCCACCUGCUGUACCAACCAAUAGAAAUGCUCCCCCUGCCAUGAGCCAAGCGAUGAUGUCACUGACCCCGCCCACCAAGGCGGAGUCAGCCACCUCACAGUGUUCUUACAGUAGCACCAUUGUACACGUUGGAGACAAGAAAGAGGCCAAUGAGGAAGCAGAAUCCCCUGUAGUGGCCCCUCCCCCUGAGCCAACAGCCUAUCAGAAGCUGGGCCUCACUAAACAGUUGCUGGCUGCUCACACACAGAAGGAGGAGAUGGAUUUUAUCGCUCGACACACACACACACAUGCAGGUCUUGAGGAGAGCAGAACCUCGGGGUGGGCGGGAUUUAACUCCAGGAGGUGUGGCCUGGGUCGGAGGGCCAAGAAGCCUCGUGUCGAGCCGCCUGAUUCGUCAGACAGUGCUGCCUCUCAACGCAGACCCCUCCCCCCACUGCAGGGGCUGAAUCAGACAUCCUGGUCGCCUUCUGAGACCGCCCCCUCCUCUCUCUCCUCCAAUCACAAGCUACAUGCACCCCACGCCCCUCCCUCAGUGACCUCACACACUGCAAACCAUUCCCCUAACACACCGGCUCCACCCUCUCUGCCCUCCCUCCCUUCGCCAUUGGCUGCCCCUGUCAUGGCUGUCCUUGUACCCGCCUACUUCCUCCCCCCAGCAGCAUACACUUCCCAACAGCACUUGCAAGCACAAGCCGCAUACAAUUCCCAACAGCACUUGCAACCACAGGCAGCAUACAAUUCCCAACAGCACUUGCAACCACAAGCAGCAUACACUUCCCAACAGCACUUGCAACCACAUUCUGCAUACAACUCCCAGCAGCACUUGCAAGCAGCCUACAGCUCCCAGGCUCAGACACCUGCCCUGCAGUAUCCAGCCUUCUACUCCCAGCAUCCUUUGCAACUUAACCCUGCCUUCAACUCCCAGCAAACCCCUCUUCUCCCCAUGGCAUACAACUCCCAGCAUCCUCCGGCACCUCAACCAAGUUUCAGCUCCCAACAGCCACCCAGUGCCACAUUCACACACCCUAUGACAUACACUCCUACCCCUCACACACCUACCCCCUCUCCCAUCUCCCCCUCUGCCUCUCGCUGCAGUUCCCCCCUCAACCUGCUGCAACUGGGAGAACACACCAACACUGCUAGCACCCCUAGUGUCCCCAAAGAGCCACUACACCACACCAACACCGCUAGCACCCCCACAGUCUUGAAGGACCAGCUGCCCCACAGCACCCUUAGAGUUCCGGAGGACCAGCUGCCCCACAGCACCUCGCAAUGCACUCACGGCUACAGAUGCAGCUGCAGCCACAGCGCCACCUCAGCACAGGAGGAGACACUGCAGGCCAGUCACCCUGGAGACAGUUGCUGUGACGACGAUGAGGACCAGAAUGCUGAUGGUGUCCAUAGUGACGUGGACUGUAGCAACAGUAACCAUGGAGGCUGUAACCAUGGGGACGGUAACCAGGGAGACGAAAGUUCCUCCUCCAGUGAGAUGGCAGAAUUACUACUGCAGCAAGAUCAACCGUGCUCUCCUGCAGGAAGCAGCAGCAGCAAGGUGUGUGCUGGCCAAAUCGACAGCAGCCUGGUGCCAAGGGGGCGUGGUCAGGGAGAGGGGAGGGGCCUGAAGUGUGUGCUGCAGGAGCCUCUCUGGCUGCUAUUGGCCAAUGCCGAUGAGAACGUCAUGAUGACCUAUCAACUGCCAGCACGGGAUCCCGGUGCGGUGUUGCGUGAGGAUCGGGAGCGUCUUCGUCGGAUGCAGAAGAAUCAGCCGAGAUUUACAUCUCAGCAGCGGAGAGAACUCACACAAACACACCCCUGGAUACGCACACACACCAUGCCAACACACAUCACGAAGUGUGUGUACUGUGAGGACGAUGUGUCUGGACCGAUGGCUGCCGAUCCUCAGGUGAAUCAAUGCAUCAUGGAAGAAGAGGCAGAGCCAAGCAGCGAGGAGGGGCCUGAGUGACCGCCUGCAGCGCCGUGAUUGGACGCCUGGUCUCCUAGCAACUCUGUGAUUGACCUUCGCUGUCUCUAGGCAACCACUGUGCCAUAGAGGACGGGAGGCACAGACACACAUACACACACACACACAUACACACACAUCUAAAGAUGAGGCCACUCCAUAACUGUGUUCAAGACGUGUGAAACGUUUGCAACACUUUAAAUCCAAAUGAGGAACUGAAACUGGUCACCUGUCCGUGUGAAACUGAAUCUCAGGCAUGGGUAACUGUGAUGAUAAGGAGGGACACAUUUUUUCAUGGCCAUCAUCGGAGAGCCAUACUAUGACCACGGAUCUGACUGCAAUUCGCAUAGUCUGAGAUGCAGUUGGUUGCUCGCUGACUGACGAUAUUGUUUGGAUUGGAAGGAAUAGAAGUGUUUUCUAUUGGCCAACAAUACAAUUACAAUGGAUUGAUUCAGUAGUGUUUUUUUUAUCUGGUCAUUAUUAUUAUUAUUAUUAUUAUUAUUUCUAUUGAUCUUUUAUCUACGGGCGACACUGAGGGAAUCCAGUUGCACCAUUCCUGCUGUAACUGACCACCUGUUGUGGUGAAACUGGGUGUGCUGACCACCUGUUGAACCAAUGGCAGCUGAGAAGGAGAUUCAACGAGCCGUUCUGGUCAAGGAAACAAUUGGAUAAUUGUUCGAACACGCCUACCAAACAGAGAAAACGUUGUUGCUGAUGGGACAAUUGUUUGAAUUGGGAAACGGUGCCAAACAGACCUGAACGUUUGGCCACGUUGCCACCAAACAAUUCGUUCAAGGAAACGAAAAGUUGCAAACUGUGAUUAGCCUGAUAAGCCAGCCUAAAUGUGAGACCGGAGUAAUUUAGUCUGGCCCGGAUGAACGAUACCUCCGAAGAUUGUUGAUGAGAACAACCUGUUGUUUUUUCAAACCGUGCCGGCACUCUAACCAAUCGGUGAUCUUUGCCGUUGAUGUGCUUUCCAAGCGGUGUUGCGAGGUUCGUCGUCACUCCCUCAAAACCCCGCCCGCUUUGAUUCAAAACAAAUCGCUGCGUUGUGAUUGGUUUUGCCUGACUCAGGGCACAGCGUUCAAACGGUCUCAGAUAAGAGGCCAGACCCACUCGCUAGCUGAAAAACUUCGGCGUCCAGCGGGUGUCGCUGGUUUACCAGGCUAAACUGUAACUGCAGUAGCGGAACAUGAAUAUACCUCUUGUAUUGAGUUGCCAUGGUAAUAUGCCUCUUGUAUUGAGUUGCCAUGGUAACAUGCCUCUUGUGUUGGGAUGUCAUGGCAACAUGCCUCUUGUGUUGAGUUGCCAUGGUAACAUGUCUCUUGUCUUUGGGUUUCCAUGGUAACAUGCCUCUUGUCUUCGGUUGCCAUGGUGCACAGAUGGACUUCCUGUGUAUGGCCAUUGUAUCUCCAUAGAAACCAGGAAACUCAUCACCAUGGAUACCAGGAAACUCAGGUGCUGUAGAAUUAGAAACCAAACCCCUUCCCCGUCUAUGACCACACCCCCUCUCACAUUUCCAGUCUUCUCUCUCCAUCUCCCUCCACCCCACUCCACCCCUCUCUCUCUCCCUCUGCAUCUCUUUAGCUGGAUCUUGAAUUGUGCACUUGUGCACAUCAGUGUUCAUGUUUCAGUGCUUAUGGUGUAUUAGUUACGCACUGAAACAUAUUGACCGAAGUGCACAAGUGCGCCAUUUGAGAUCCAGCAUUUGUCUCAACUUGUUUCCAUUGAGUAUUUUUUAUAGGAAUGUGAAGUAUGUAUGUUCUGUAUGUUGUUUAAUAAAGUUGUGUUUUUAU